AUGCGCGUCUCGAUCGACGCCUCGACGUCCUCGAGCGCGGCGACACACCGCGGACUCGGCGCGUCGUCGUCGCGGGCGUCGUCGUCGUCGCGCGCGCGUCCGGGCCGCCGCGCCGCCGCUCUGAGACGAGUUUCAGUGAACGAUGAACGUGAUUCGUCGAGAAGACGCGCGACGCGGGUGAGCGCGACGGCGCGGCCGACGCCCGACGCGGCGAACGUGGAGGAGCUGGCGAUGCAGAGCGGCGCGUGCGCGAUCGCGCCCAAGUAUUCUCCGGGAGAGAUUCGACGACGGGCGCUGCGAGACCCGUUGGAGGCGACGAAGACGGCGCUGCGGUGCGCAGAGAUUUUGAUGAACGCGGCGACGUUCACGAGCGGUCUGGCGCUCGAUGCGUUUUACGAGCAGGAAAAGGUGGUGAGUCGAAGCGAGCAACUGCGGGUGCAAUUGGCCAAUUUGGGGCCGAGUUUUGUAAAAGCGGGACAAGUGUUGGCGAAUCGUCCGGACAUUGUGCGAAGCGAUUACAUGGAGGAGUUGUGCAAGCUUCAGGAUGACGUGCCGGCGUUCGAUAACGCGACAGCAUUUGCCAUAAUCGAGAACGAGCUUGGACAACCGAUCGACGCAGUGUUCUCAAAGAUCUCGAAGGAUCCAAUCGCCGCAGCGUCGCUCGGGCAGGUAUACCGUGCGACGCUACGAGAAAGCGGCGAGGAAGUCGCGGUCAAGGUGCAGCGACCGGGGAUCGAGCCGAUUAUUUUCAGAGAUUUGCUACUCUUCAGGACCCUGGCGUUUUUCGUCAACGGAUACUCCAUCCGCGCCCUCGGGUGUAACGCGCAGCUCAUCGUGGACGAGUUCGGCGAAAAACUCCUGGAAGAGCUCGAUUACGUGCAAGAGGGACGAAACCUGAGCGACUUUUACGAAAACUUCAAGAAUGACCCCAUCGUAAAGAUUCCCAAGUUUUACAAGGAUUUCUCCGGAGCCAAAGUGCUCACGAUGGAAUGGAUCGACGGCAUUCGAUGUACCGACCCACGCGGUAUCGUUGCCGCGGGCAUCGACGUUGAGCAGUUCAUCAAGGUUGGCGUCGUGAGUGGACUGAGACAGUUAUUGGAGUUCGGCCUGUUCCACGGCGAUCCGCACCCGGGUAAUAUCUUCGCCAUGCGCGAUGGACGAAUCGCGUACGUGGAUUUCGGGAAUGUCGCGCAGCUGACGCAAACGAACAAGGAGGUGCUCAUCGACGCAGUGGUGCACGCAGUGAACGAAGACUACGAUGCGAUGGCGGGAGACUUUAUUCGUCUCGGGUUUUUGUCCCCGGGAACAGACGUCCGACCCAUCGUUCCCGCUCUUGAAAACAUCUGGCAAGACGCACGAACGGCGUCGUUGGCAAACUUCAACUUCCGCACCGUGACGUCGAGCUUCAAUAAGCUGGUGUACCAGUACCCGAUUCGCAUCCCAGAGCGGUUCUCACUCGUCAUCAGAUCGCUUCUCACACAGGAAGGUAUCUGCCUGACGCUGAAUCCGGAAUUCAAGUUCCUCGAGGUUGCGUACCCGUAUGUCGCCAAGCGUUUGCUGACGGACAGAGAUGUCUCUCUGCGCGAGCGCCUGAUCCAGGUGCUCUUCAAGCAGGACAAGUUCCAGUGGCGACGCCUGGAGAACUUGAUCGAUCUCGCGCGCGACGGCGGUGGUAACCUUGAUCUCACUGACACUGUCACCGAUGGCGCGAGACUGCUCAUCACGGACGCCAAGUUGCGCACGCAGCUCCUCCUUGCGCUCACGGAGGAUGAUCGAUUGCAAGUUGAGGAGGUCUCCCGUCUCCUCGCGGCGCUGCGAAGCGAGAUCGAUGUGCAAAAAAUCGUGUCCUCCUCGAUUGGCGACGGCCCGAAUAUCGCUCGAAAACUCGCGCUCAGCUGGUCUAGUAGAGUACUCGCGGAGUGA